AUGAGCCUUUUCGGGAAGAUCUUCGGCGGCAAGAAGGAGGCUCCACCACCGAGCACCCAAGACAGCAUCCAGAAGUUGCGCGAGACCGAGGAGUUGCUCAUCAAGAAGCAGGACUUUCUUGAGAAGAAAAUUAAAGAUGAAGUAGCAACUGCUGUGAAACAUGGAACAAAGAACAAGCGGCUGGCAUUGCACGCUCUCAACAGAAAAAGACAAUAUGAGAAACAACUUGCGCAACUUGACGGUGUUCUGCAAACGAUCGAAUUUCAAAGAGAAGCCCUCGAGAAUGCGUCGACGAACGCGGAAGUUCUGCAAGUUAUGGGUGGAGCUAGCAAAGCCCUCAAGGCUGCUCACAACAACAUGGAUAUUGAUCAAGUCCACGAUUUGAUGGAGGAUAUCGCUGAACAACAAGAAGUGGCCAAUGAAAUUGCCGAAGCCAUUUCAAAUCCCGUCGGGUUUGGCCGAGAUCUCGAUGAAGAUGAUCUUAUGAAAGAAUUGGAACAACUCGAGCAGGAAGAACUCGACAAGCAGCUCCUUGAUGCCAAUCCCACACCGAUUAGUCUUCCCGAUGCGCCAGCCGAACGACUUCCAGCCGUGCCUGCCAGAAAGGCUCCCGCAAAGACCAAUGCCGACAAAGACCUCGACGAAAAAACUGUGGAGAUUAGUGGGCCGAGACGGGUGGCCGGCCCGAAAAGGCCGUUCCGAAUAGAGCUUUUUCUCCUCUUCAUCACCAUUUUUCCAUGUUCAUCUUUUUGCGGUCUCAUCGAUGAGGGGAUCCCGUUUGAAUUGGAAGAGAGACGGGGAGCAAAGGUCGAGUGCACGCAAUGCGUUCAAUUGUGGCGUGGCGCGCCCGGGGGAAAGGCGUCAGCUUCGCGAACGUGCGAGCAAGGAGCGCAAACGUGUCGCGGUGACGCGUGCUUUAUGCGUCAAUGCAAGCACUGCCCAGUCUAUCAAUUUUUCAUGGGCUGUAUCACGCUCACUCCUUGGCAAUUCGCCGAUUUACAGGCUACAAGGAAAGCCUCAGAGUUACUGUAUCACCGAGUCGGCGCGUCGAUUCUUUGCGAGGAUCAACUCAACCAAACGACGUGCAUCUGCAACAGUCGCUCGAAAUGCAAUUCGAUUCACACAAGGAUCCCGCAUAACACCUACACCGAAGGCCUCUUCACCGGGAUCAUCAAUUUCGAUCACGCCAUUUCGAAAUUUGAACCAAGAUAUAUGGAUGUGAUCACCGGCUAUCAGCAUCGUUUCCAUCACGUAAACAGUGUGCAAAAGUUCUCCCCGUUUCUCGUCAUCAUUUUCUUUGGAUUUCACAUUUUCUUG